AGUCGGCCAGGGCUGUGCGUUCCCAAAAUAUGACCAGGGGUGCUUGGAUGUGUAGUCGGCAGUAUGAUGACGGCUUAAAAAUCUGGUUCGCACCCCGGGAGAACGAGAAACCCUUCACGGAUUCAGAGAGGGCUCAGAAAUGGCGACUGUCCCUGGCAUCGCUCUUGUUUUUCACGGUCCUGCUCUCUGAUCACUUGUGGUUCUGCGCCGAGGCCAAAUUCACGGGGACCGGAGAGAAGGAGCAGCCGCCGCCCGAGAAGCCGGAGCCCGCGGAGCCGGAGCUGCUGGCGGGCAUGGGGGAGCCGGCGCCCCCCGCGCCCCGGCUCCUCGCCCCCCCCUCGCCCUCCCUCCCGCCCUCCCCCGGCAGCAGCGGCGGCGGCAGCCGCGGCAGCCGCACCAACGGCACCGAGCCCCGGCACGGCAAGGCUGCUUUCCUGGGGAACUCCACCGCCAGGCCCCUGGAGACGUGUCCCCCCCCGGGCUCCUCGUCCGGGCAGUGCUUCAGCGUGGGCGACGCGGAGGCGGUGUGCCAGCGGCGAGGGGGCUCGGGGCGGCCGCGGGGCACGGGGCAGAGCCCGGCGCCCGGCUGGGACCUGACGGAUUUUUACCUUUCCUUUUGUAAUUCCUACACACUUUGGGAGUUGUUCGCCGGGUUGUCCAAUCCGGACACUUUGAACUGCAGUCUGGAUGUGGUGCUGAAGGGGGAAGGCUCCUGCAGCCAGUGCGUCCAGGCUUACCAGCGCUACGACCAGCACGCUCAGGAGAAAUACGAAGAGUUUGAGGUUAUGCUCCAGAAAUAUUUACAGUCGGAUGAGUACUCGGUGAAAUCGUGUCCUGAGGAUUGUAAGACUGUCUACAAAGCCUGGCUCUGUUCCCAGUAUUUUGAAGUCACACAGUUUCACUGCAGCAACAGAAUUCCUUGCAAGCAAUACUGUUUGGAGGUUCAAACGAGGUGUCCCUUUAUAUUACCAGACAAUGAUGAUGUCAUCUAUGGAGGACUAUCAAGUUUCAUCUGUACAGGGCUCUAUGAAAACUAUCCAACCAAUGCAGAACCAGAAUGCUGUGAUGUCAGAUGGGGACUAUUAUCAGAUCAUCAACCCAAAGGGACUAUAAAAACAAGUGGCUCAACAAUGUGUCACAGGACAUCGCUCACAGUUUCAUCAGCAUCAAGACUGUGUAACAGCAGACUUAAACUGUGUGUUCUUGUAUUAAUUCUGUUACAUACAGUACUUACAGUCUCAGCAGCACAGAACUCAACAGGACUGGGCUUUGGAAGCAUAACAACUUUGGAAGAUAAUUCAACCAAUGAGGAAUAAAAGAAAGGAUUCAUCUUACAUGAUAGAAACACAACAGGCCCAAAUUACUACAGUAAAAAAUAGCAAAGACUGAGUGCUUUACCCUCAGAGCUCUUCUUGAAUGACAUUUUGGGUAAAAUGAAAAGUAUGGGCCACUACCUAAACAACAAGGACACACAAAUGCAGCUUUUUAUUGACUAAAAGGCUGUUUGGUGACUUAACUUUCUCACACCAUUUUAUACACUGUGUUUUAAUGUUUGGAGUUUCUUUUUUUUUUGUUUGUUUUUUGCACUUGUUAAUACAGGAUUUUAUUUUUGGGACAGUUUCUUGAGGCUAAAUUAAGUCUUUUCUCUGUCGAUAUAUUUCUAGUCAUUGUGUGUGUUCAUCUGAUAGUUCUGUCUUUUAUGUCCUGUCAGUUUCUAUUAGAGGAAUGACUGCUAUGAUUUCAUGACAUAGCAAAAAAUAAAAAAAAAAAUUAAAAAAAUUUUAAAAAAGGAAAAAAAAGAAAAAAAAACAGUAAAAAACCCCAAACAAACCAAAAAAAGCCCACAAAAAACCCCAACAAAAACCCACAAAAAGAACAACAAAACAAAAUUUAACCAAAAAAGAUAAAAUAAUAAAAAAAAUUUAAAAAAAGCAACCAUGAAAAGAACCCCAAACAAACCUUACUGUCCUCUUAUCCAUGGGAACCAUUCAUUUCCUUUCCCUUUCCCAUCUACCUUCACAGACAACAUACAUUUGCUUCUGUCUGUGUAAUCACAAUGAAUGGGUACACAAUUCCAGUGUGCCUCUGCCACUGUUGCACUAAACAGUUGACUGAGCAAACCCAAAAGGAGCAUGAAGGGGGUUCCUUUUAGCUGAACAAACAAGUGCUCUCCUUACAAGGUGGGAUCGGACAGUUAAAAAGUAUAAAGAAAUAUAUAUAUAACAAACUGUUGCUCCAAUACCCGUUUUGAAGAAGUCCAGUCCUUUCUCACUGGUCAGUUGAACAGGAGCAGCCUUUUCUAGAUGUGUUAAGUAAAACCAGUUAUGCUCAGCAAGUUGAAUGGUUGGGAAGCCUUCAUAUUGGAGGUGAAGGAUUGACAUUCAUUGUGAAUCACGUUUUGAGUUCUCCUGCUGCCACAUAACCAGCAGCUUUCCAUAACAAAUGGGAGCCAAGAACUUCCAAAAUUCAACUCUUUUUUCACAACUGAAUUACACUAGAAGUCUUUUAACAUCUACAAUACAAAUUAUCUCCUUGGUUUGAUUCCAUUGUUUUUCUAUUGCCUACAUGUUGUUGAAAGUAACUAGUUUAUUAAGAAUGCACAAGAAUGUGUUAGCACAGAUAAAGAAAAUAUUUUUUUUUAAAUAUAUAGGACAACUGUUUUCAUAAAUGUGCAAUAAAAACAGUAAAUAUAUACUAGGAUAUGAGUAGUCAAGAGAAAAGAUUGUAAUAUGCUGGUUUUUCAUUGUUCGGGGUGGUUUUGAAUUUGUUUACUUUUAUUUUUUGUGAGAACAUUUCACCUGCUGAGUGUAUGAGAAUUUGCUUUUUAAAAAGGCUUUUUAGAGUUUACAGUAGAAUCAAUGGAAGGAAAAGUUAAUAAGGGCUGUUUUUAAAAACUUUACAUUCCUUCCUAUUCUCUAACUACACUUGGGAAGUGCACUUUAGAGAUGUUUGCUGUGUAGCUGGGAAAUGAAGGAAAACUAUAGAAAAUGUUCUCUUAGGAAAUAAAAUAUAGUUACCUACUUUCUAGCUAUGAAAUACCCCUUGAUAAAUAUUAAUGUUGUAAGAACAUUUAAUCACUGGUGCAUAAUGCGUUUUUGUAUACAAUUUACGGUCUGUUAAAUUCUGGAGAAAAACAAAAAGAAGAUAACCAUGCUGCUUAAGCGGUUCAAGAUGCACAUGUUAAGCUGCGAAGCUCAAAUAUUUUGCAAGAGUAUUUGUUUUGAUAGUGUUUUGCUACAACCUGGACUGAGGAGCCUAAAACGAUCUGUGCAAAUACAACAACAACAACAAAAAGCACCAGCUAAUGCAAAAUUCUUCAGCACUGGUUUGUUUCUAUAAUUCCUCCCUUCCCUUCCUUGCACAUGCUAUAUUUUGUUCAAUAAAACAUGGUGCUUUUUUAUUUAUUUUCUUUUCUUUUAGAGGCACAUGUAUUAAUUACAGUGAAUUGAUGCAAAAUUGGGGGAAAAUGUAGAAAUGCAAAAGAAAAAGCCUUAACUAAUGGUAGAAUGUAGACUUUUGAAGGACAGAAAUGUUACUGAAAUGUGAUGGAGCAAUAACUGGGCAGUGCUCUGGUACUGUACAACAGCUGAUAAGUCACACUACUGAGAAAGCUCUUACUAGGUGAGCUCUUGUUCAACUGACCUCUUAAUUCUAGUAAGUGUACAUGGUCAGUAAACAGUUUGUUAUAACCUUUAUCUACCUCUGCUGUGCAAAGGCCAUCCAACAUCCAUUCCUGUGAUGUUCCUCAUGGUUUUUUGUUCACACCAUUACUCACUGUCAUCUAUUUUUACACUGUAACAAUAGAGUACCUAGUCCGGUUCAUCUCGAUUGAAUUGGCACCUGAAGAAGAGUUUUUAUUAUUUCUCUUUUGCUUCAUGAUGAACUAAUGUAGAGAUCUAUCGUUAAGGUAUUUUAUUUCUUCUUUUCUGCUCUUUUUCAUUCUUCAUCCCUUAUUUUUCUAUAAAAAUGUUUUCAAGUGGUGUCAGUGAAAAAUUACUCCUCCACUGCUUGGCUACACUCAGUCAUGUGUCAUACAAUAUGAGAGAGACAGGAGGAAAAACAGUGACAACAACAUCACAUACAUAAUGUAGCCUAAUUAAACUUGGGGAAAAUGAAGCAGAAAAUAAUUACAGACUUUCAAUUACAAAUACAAGAUGUAAUAAAUUCAUCCCCCUCUCCCUACCUGGAGUUAGUGCCUGCAGUUCAAUGGUCUGUGAAUUUUCUCUGUCAUCUUUUUGAGGUCUAUUUCUUUAAUUUCUGGAACAAAAAGUCAUGUUGCAGUUGAAUUCUGCUGGGGUAAGUGUUGCCAUUUUCACUCUAGCAGUGUGGUAAGAAGCUUCUCUUGGUGGUACCUGGGAUAUCAGGAGUAGACAAAGACUCUUCUAUGAAGUUAAGCAACAUGUAAUCAUGUAUGAUGCAAAAUUCCAUUCCAUCCAUUCUUCAUUCGUAAUAAUUUUCCUGGCACAAACUUAAGCAUGCUUGAUAUUGUGCACAUAUUACUUUUUUUCAGAAUAAAUUUGCAUCUUGCCACUGCUAUAACUGCCAUCUUGUUCCAUUUCUCCUUGUACUGUAUGCCUAACACAUACAUGAUAAAGAGCUGGCUUAACAAAGAAGUAACACUAAAAUCUUUCUGCAAAUGACUGAUGAGAAGAAAAAGAAAAAAAAAAGAAUAUUUAUUUUAUGAUCAUAGAGAAGAAAUUAAUUUCCCAUGUCUUUUAUCAUCUUAUUUUCUGCAAUAGGGAAAAAGCAGAUUUUGUGCAAUAUGUUAAUACUGCUAAGCCAAAUGUCAAAUAACAUAACCAGAGAUAUAUGUUAUUCCUUAUUGCAUUUGCAUUCAGUAAUACAGUAUAUUGUUGCUUUUCUUUCAUUAAAGAGACAGUAUCAUUUUUCUUUUUUUUUUUUUUUUUUUUUUUUUUUUUAUAUAGCAGGUGAAGGCUGUCCUUCUGCACACCAUAAUUUUAAGACAAAAAACCAACAAAAUGUUAGGAUGAAGUUUUAGUUCUAUAAAUGAUGAAACCAAGCCAUCAGCUGCCAAAGAAUCUGUGGAACAAUAGUUACAAACAAAGCAAAGAUAUUUCUUCUUGAGAGAUAAAAAUAAUUUUAUUCUGCAUGAUUAAAGAAGAAAGAAUAAAGGAAUGAGAGAUGUAUUUCAAACAACAGAGAUAGCAGGUGUCAUCUGAUACACCUUGUGACUCUCAGCUUAUAUAGUUAUACUCUUCUAUUAAAGAGUGAGGGACAAAGCAUUGUCUCCUGCUCUCUCUGUAUUUGUGCUAAUGAAUGUCCUUUUUGCAAGCAUUGCCUCUCUGCACAGAAGAUACCUGCCUACCAUGAGAGCUGAAGGUAGUACAUGCACACUAAUUUACACAGUGAAACCUGUCUUGUGUGACUAUUCAAAGCACAAGCAAAACUCAUUUGCGGAGUAGACCUAGUUUUUAGGAAAAUACAAGAUACAUGUGAAGAGUCACCUAAGCAAGGGGUCUGUGAAGGUGCCUGGUCCUUACUUCAUCUUUCACAGUAUGUCCCAUCAGUACCACAGCCCCAUGAUAAGCCCUGCUCAGGCAGGCUACCAGCUGGGCUCAGUCAUGCUGACGUCAGUGAGCCUUGGUACAGGUACAGGCAUGCAUCCACAAAAAAUUAAUGGUAGCACAUAUGUCUCAAUUUGCUAUCCCAUAAUCUUUACUCAGGAAUUGCUCAUGAGCAUAGUGCAUAAACAGAAGAUCUCUGGCUUCAGCCCUAGGCAAGUCUUGACAAGAGAUUGGCAAAAGCAUGUUAAUGGUGAAUGUUCCUUUUUUGUUAUUAUUGUCUACUCAUAUUAGUUUGGUGAAGGAGCAGUUUCAAAAUUUAACUAUGGCACUAAUCAUGGAGCAUGGAGGACAAACUACCAGAAACGUCGUCAUUGUGAAGAAAUUAAGUAGCUUUGUGAGGUAAAAAGAGAUUUUGUCAUUUUUAAGCAGCUGUCAGCAGUAUUUCAGAAAAGCUUGGGAAAAUAAUGACUAGUUCUGAGUAUAAUAAUUCUCAUUAAAGCUAGGUAUUUUUAUGAGAAAUAGGACUGGAGCACAAACCACCUCAACUGAGGUAUAUAAUUUGCCAAUAUUUCCUACAGUAACUGUAAGAAAUUACAUUACUGAACACCUCUAGGUGUCCGAUACUUAACAGCACUUUUUCAAAUUUUAACAAGCUUGAGGUCUCCCUUGGAAGCAAAAGACGACAGAAAGAACUACUGUCAUUCUGGGGAAAAAAAUAAAUAAAAAAGGCUUGGCCAACUUGGAAAAUCCAUCUGAGAAACAGCUAUAAUUCUUCAAAAUGCAAUUGAGAUUUAAAAAAAAAAAGAAAAGAAAGAUUCAUAUGUCAGUGUAGCUCUAUAUAGAAAUAGACCUAUUUCAACAAAGAGAGACAAAAAUGUUCUCUACAAUUAGUACAAAUACAGCAUACUGUAGAACAAAAAUGCCAAAGGAUAAGAGCUAUAAAAAAAAUAGAGCAAAAUUGCUUUAUUUAUAUUCCUUACUAUGGAGUGUGAAUUUCCAGGUAGAAUUUCAG